AUGGAUUUUGAAACCAAUGAAGAUAUAAAUGGGAUUCGUUUCUCAUGGAACGUCUUCCCUAACAACAAGGCAGAUGCAACCAAAAACGUCGUCCCUGUAGGUUGUUUAUACACUCCAUUGAAAGAAAGAGAAGAUUUACCAAUAGCUUCUCAUGCUCCUAUCCUUUGUGGUGGUCCUCAAUGUAAAGCAGUUUUAAACCCUUAUUGUGCUAUUGAUCCAAGGGGAAACUCUUGGACUUGUCCAAUUUGUAAUGUAAGAAAUCAACUACCUGGUCUUUAUAGUAAUAUGACUCAAGAAAGUAUGCCAAUGGAAUUGCAAAACACUACCAUCGAAUAUAUUACUCAAAAAACUGUACCAAUCCCUCCAAUCUUCUUCUUCGUCAUCGAUAUUACGGCAGAAAAAGAAAAUUUGGAUGCUUUGAAAGAAUCUAUAAUGACUUCAUUAUCUCUUUUACCACCAAACGCUCUCAUUGGUAUUAUCACUUACGGGAACGUAGUUCAAUUACACGAUUUCUACAAUGAAACUAUUAAUAAAUGUAAUGUCUUUAGAGGUGAUAGAGAAUAUGAAAUUGGUCAACUAACAGAAAUGUUAACUGGUCAAAAAGCAACCAGUAAAGUAGGUGUGGCACCUAAUGCUUCCGUGACUCCAUUUUCUAUGAACAGGUUUUUCUUACCGUUAGAAUCCAUAGAAUUUAAAUUAAACCAAUUCUUGGAAAAUUUAUCUCCAGACCAAUGGGGCAUUCCAGCAAACAAUAGACCGUUAAGAGCCACUGGUUCUGCAUUAAACAUUGCAAGUUUAUUGUUACAAGGUGCUUAUAACACUUCUGCUGCAAGAAUUAUCUUAUUCUCAGCAGGUCCAGGUACUAUAGGUCCAGGUUUAAUCGUUAAUCCAGAAUUGAAAGAUCCAUUAAGAUCACAUCAUGAUAUUGAUUCAGGUAGAGCUUCUCAUUAUAAAAAAUCAUGUAAAUUUUAUAAUCAAUUGGCCGAAAGAGUUGCCACUAAUAGUCAUACUGUUGAUAUAUUUGCUGGUUGUUAUGAUCAAAUCGGUAUGUCCGAAAUGAAACAAUUAACUGAUGCAACUGGUGGUGUCUUAUUAUUAACAGAUGCAUUCUCUACCGCAAUUUUCAAACAAUCAUAUUUAAGAUUAUUCUCCAAAGAUGAAGAAGGUUAUCUAACAAUGGCAUUCAAUGGUACAAUGUCAGUGAAGACAAGUAGAGAUUUAAAAGUACAGGGUUUAAUAGGUCACGCUUCUCCAAUGAAGAAAAAUCCAGAUACUACUAACGUCAGUGAUUCUGAAAUAGGUAUAGGUGGUACUUCCACUUGGACUAUGUGUUCUUUAUCACCACAUCACUCGUACGCUAUUUUUUUUGAAAUUCCUAAUGCUAAUGUUCCACCUCCAGCCCCUGACGGUAAACCUCAUUUAGCUUAUACUCAAUUUAUUACCAAUUAUCAGCAUUCUUCUGGUGGCUACCGUUGUAGAGUUACCACUGUAGCAAACCAAAUGGUUGAAUUCGGUGCAGAGGCUAUGCCAAUAUCUUUUGAUCAAGAAGCUGCUGCAGUAUUAAUGGCAAGAAUUGCUGUUUUCAGAGCAGAAGCUGAUGAUGAUGCAGAUGUCAUUAGAUGGGUUGAUAGAUCAUUAAUUAAAUUAUGUCAACGUUAUGCUACAUAUAAUAAAGAUGAUCCAUCAUCUUUCAUGUUACCACCAUUUUUCUCAUUAUACCCUCAAUUCACAUAUUAUUUAAGAAGAUCACAAUUCUUAAGUGUGUUUAAUAAUUCACCCGAUGAAACCGCAUUUUAUAGACAUAUAUUCACAAGAGAAGAUACUACAAAUUCAUUAAUCAUGAUCCAACCAACUUUAACAUCAUAUUCAAUGGAAGAUGAACCACAACCUGUUUUACUAGAUUCUGUCUCUGUAAGACCAAAUACUAUUUUAUUAUUAGAUACAUUCUUUUUCAUCUUAAUAUAUCAUGGUGAACAAAUUGCCCAAUGGAGGAAAGCUGGUUAUCAAGAUGAUCCACAAUAUGCUGAUUUCAAAUCAUUAUUGGAAGAACCGAAAUUAGAUGCUGCCUCUUUAUUGGUUGAUAGAUUCCCAUUACCAAGAUUCAUUGACACUGAAGCUGGUGGAUCUCAAGCAAGAUUUUUAUUAUCUAAAUUGAAUCCAUCUGAUAAUUAUCAAAAUAUGGCAGCAGGUGGUGGUGCCAUUGUCUUAACUGAUGACGUCUCAUUACAAAGUUUCAUGCAACAUCUACAAUCUGUCACUGUUAAUGGACAAACUUAA